AUGAUUACAGCAACUCCUUCUCCGCCGAUGCAUCAUUCAGGCUCCUUUAUUCACAGCCACGGUACCAAGGUCUUUGUACGACCACGGCUGGACGGCGUUCAGGAUGCGGUGGCUCAAGCUCGAUUCAACGAAAAAAAGUGGGUUUGGAUCCAAGAUCCACAGUCGGGUUAUCGGCCCGCCCAAGUCAUUCACGAAAAUCAGGAACAAAUUGAAGUGGAGCUGGACAAUGGCCAGGUACAACAAUGUGGCAAGCUUGACAGACCCGUUGCUCUAACCAUGGCAUUUGGACAGAGAAAAUUGGUGGAUACAAACCAAGUGUUUGCGAUGAAUCCACCCAAAUUCGAUAUGGUGCAGGAUAUGGCCGAAUUAACCCAUUUAAACGAACCUUCUGUGCUCCACAAUCUCACCGUUCGUUAUCGAGCCAACGCUAUCUAUCGAGGAGAGUCAGGUGCAGGAAAAACCGAGAAUACCAAAAUAGCAAUACAGUAUCUGGCCUCAGUAGCUAGCGAAAACAGUGGUCGGUCCAAGGAUGUGAACCAGUUGGAACGACAGAUAUUGCAGGCCAAUCCGAUUUUGGAAUCGUUUGGCAAUGCGCAAACCAUUCGCAAUAACAACUCCUCGCGGUUUGGCAAAUUUAUUCGGAUAGAAUUUAACAUGCGAGCUCAGAUCUGCGGCGCCAAUAUCGAGUGGUACCUCUUGGAAAAAUCGCGUGUCCACCAACAAGCCUCCCACGAACGCAACUACCACAUUUUCUAUCAGUUAUUAAAUGCACCCGAACAAUUCAAAGAGCCCUUACUGUUGGCCAAGGGACAACCUUCCGAUUACGAGUUUACACGUCAUGCCAAUGCCGUGAUUGAAGGUGUCGAUGAUGCCGAGGAAUUCAACAAACUUAUGGAUGCUAUGCAUGUUAUGCGAAUUUCGGAAAAGGAAAUGGUAGAUUAUUUUCGUAUUGUGGCGGCGGUAUUGCACCUCGGUAACAUUACCCUCACCUCGGAUCGCGGCGAACGUGCGGAUGUACGCGACUUUUCGGCUAUUGAACGAGUGUGUCACUUGCUUGGUAUUCCAGCUCAGGAAUUUACAAAGAGCCUGUUGAGUCCACGUAUCAAAGCGGGUCGCGACUGGGUCAGUCAAGCCAAAUCGCCUCAGCAAGUGAGAGCCAACUUGGACGCCUUGGCCAAAACGCUGUAUGAACGCAAUUUUGGAAGUCUCGUGGAUCGCGUCAAUCGCGCCAUUGAUGGACAGAAAACUACAGAUAAGAUGGGCUUCAUUGGUGUCCUGGAUAUUGCUGGAUUCGAAAUUUUCGAGAUCAACAGUUUUGAGCAACUGUGUAUUAACUACACCAAUGAGAAACUGCAACAGUUUUUCAAUCACAAUAUGUUUGUGCUGGAACAAGAAGAAUACAAGCGCGAAAAUAUCGAAUGGUCCUUUAUCAAUUUCGGUCUCGACCUCCAGCCCACCAUCGAUCUCAUUGAAAAAACCAAUCCUAUGGGUAUCCUGUCUUGCCUGGAGGAAGAAUGUGUAGCUCCCCGCGGUACCGACCAACGGUUCUUGGAAAAACUGAAUCGAGUGUGGGACCACGACAAUGCCAACAAAUACAAAAGCAUGAGGUUCAGGGACGGAUUCGUCAUUAAUCAUUACGCUGGGCAAGUCGAGUAUUCCACCGUAGGCUGGAUUGAAAAGAACAAGGAUCCUCUCAAUGAAGAUAUUACGCGGCUGCUGGCCCGUUCCAAUCAACGUCAUGUUGCUUUGCUUUUUGAGGAUUAUUUGUCUGACGAAGAUGAUGAACACGCCGAUGCUCGUCGUUCCGAAAAACGUGACGUACGCACUUUGCUCAAACUACGUAAAGGCGGUGGUUCUUUCCGUACGGUUGGCCAGAGACAUAAGCAGCAACUUCUCUCAUUGAUGAAGACAUUAUACUCGACACAUCCUCACUUUGUUCGCUGUAUUUUGCCCAAUAAUCGUAAACGUCCCGGGGAAAUGCAAAAUGCGCUGGUGCUGGAUCAGCUUCGAUGCAACGGUGUGCUUGAAGGUAUUCGUAUCUGUCGCAAAGGCUAUCCCAAUCGACUUCCUUUUGCCGAUUUUCGCAAACGCUACGAAAUCUUGUGUCCCAACGAAUUGGAUCCUACCAGCUUUAUCGAUGGACGCACCGCGUGUCAGAUUUUACUCAACGCGAUGCAACUUGACCCUGCCAAGUAUCGUAUUGGUACCACCAAGCUGUUCUUCAAAGCGUCAGUGCUCGCUGAUCUCGAAGAAAUUCGCGACCGUAAAUUAGCGAAAUAUAUUACGGGAUUUCAAGCCGCGUGUCGCCGUUAUUUGGCUCGCCAUCAUAUGUCAAGGUAUGCGCGACAGACGGAAGCGAUCAAGAAGAUUCAGCGAAACGCGCGUAUCUAUGUGACACUCUGCGAAUGGCCGUGGUGGAAAGUGUAUGCUAAAUUGAAACCUUUGAACGUGGCCUAUCGCGUGGAAACCCAAAUCAAAGAACGGGAUCAAAAGAUUCAAACGUUGCAAGGCUCGCUUCACGCACUGCAAGACCAGUUGACGGGGAUCAAAGCGUUGAAUGAAGAACUGGAAUCUCAGCAUAGCGAAUAUAAAGAGUUUUUGCGCAACGAGCAAGCCAUGGUGCGCGAACUCCAAGAGUCCAAAGAAUGCCUACUGGAGAAACUCAAUACGUCUGAAGAGCGGAUGGAAGAACUGGUGGCCGAACUGGAUCAAGCUCGCACAGAAUCGCGAGCAUUAGAAAUGAAACUAAAGAUUGAGGUUGUUCAUGAUUUACGCAAACAACUUCGUGAACACGAUGAUGAAAAUGUGGUUCUGGGCGCUCAAUGCGAAUCACUUCAAAAAGACAACAAACUUCUUAUGCAGCAACGCGAUGUGCUAACGAAGGAUAAGAAGCAAUUUGAGGAUCAACUGAAACAGGCCAAGAAAGAAAACGAGCGUACGAUAAAGGCCCACGACGCAGCCAAAAAACAAGAAGCAGAAGUUCUUGAACAGUUGGAACUUGUUGUGGCCGAUAACCUUCAUCUAAAGUCCACCUGUUCCUCCUUGCAAGCUACGGUAGAACAGACCAAGAGUCGAGUGUCACAACUCGUCACCAACGUUGAAAAACUCGAAACACAGCAACAAGAAUUGCAGCAAACACUUCAGCAAAAAAUUCAAGAAAUGCAACAGAUGGAAGUGUCCUUACAGAUCGAUCAACAAUCUCAAGUCAUGCAAGAGUGGGAAACCAAAUACAACGAUCUUCAAUCACAGUACGAGAAGCUUCAGCAAUCAUUGGCGGAUGAACGUGCGCAAAACCAAGAAAAAGACAGGCAAAUGGAAAAAUAUGUAUCUGAAUUUCAGGAAAUCAUUCAAAAGGCAUCAGAAGACUAUCAAGCGCGAACCAGCAAAAUGGGCCACAUACUGUCCCAGAUGCUGUGCAAGCAGCCUGCUUUGUAA